UUGAAAAGCUUGCUUUCUUCUAGUGCUCCCAAAGAAGAAGAUACAUUUCUCUCUUUCUCUCACCCUCCUCCCCUGCCAUUCUCCCAUAACUGUCCCUCUCUCUACAUAGCCAACACACAAUUUAAAGAGACUGCUACCCAACCAGAACCUUGCUGCUCGAAAUCUCUAAAUCCUCAUACUCUAGUGGGAGAGUAAAGGCAUUGUUUGAAGGAAAGCUGAAAGAAGGACUUGCUUAGAACAAAUGAAGAGUUAUAUAUUUUACUAGGACCACCAAGAGAAGUUCAGCUGCAACUCAGAGAGGAAGAGGUCCAGUCUUCCCAUCACCAUGCGUGAUUCCUUUUUUCUUACCUGGCAUGUGUCAAAGAUCAGCUGUAAUAAGAGGAAGAAAGGAUUUUUCUCUUUAAUGAUCUUCGUUGGGAAGUUUUUGUGGCCUUUAUUUAAUUUCUAACUACCUACUUGGGCACCUACUUUGUAUCAAACAAAGAGUCACAUGGAACUGCAUUCAUCUGAUGGCAGAAGAAGGUUCUGAAGGCUAGUAAGUCCAAGAUCAAGGCACCAGCAGAUUUAGUGUCUGGUGAGAACCACUUCCUGGCUCAUAGAUGAUGCCUUCUCACUGUAACCACACAAGGCAGAAGGGGUGAAGGAUCUCUCUGAGGCAUUUUCUAUAAAAGCACUAAUCACCUUACAAAGACCCCACCUGCUAAUACCACCACCUUGGGGGUUAGGAUUUCAAACGUUCAUCUUGAGCACACCCUGAUCAAGAUUCAAAAGUUUCCCAUCACUCCAGAAAAUUCCCUCCAUCACUCCAUUACCUCACAUCAGGAAAACAGUGAUUUAAAUUCUGUUCCCCUAUAUUAUUUUCUGGACUAUUCCAGAACUUCAUACAAAUGAAGUCCUAUAUGAAGUUUCUUUGGUCUGAUUUCUUUCUAUCAUCAUAUUAUCUAUGAGAUAGAUACAUCCAUGUUCUUACACAUGUUGGAAACUUGUUCAGAUUUACUGAGGAUUAUCGUACUGAAUGAAUAUGCCAGUUUGUUUGCCAUUCAUCUAUUCAGUACUGGUUAUUUGUUUCCAGUCUGUGGAAUAAACUUGUGAAUAAUGCUGCUAUGAAUAUCCACAUAUGAAUCGCUGUGGGGAACGUCCUAUGGCUAGAAUCACUGAGAUGUAGGGCAACUAUAAGUUUAACUUUAUUAGAAACAAUUAUUAUCCACCCUACCUUUUCUACUCAUGACACUAUUCUUUUGUUCCGUUAAUCACCCCCAACACAUUCCAUUUUUAUAAAGUAUGAGAGAAUCUGAUUCUCUCCUCAAAAUUCUUACAAAAAGAAGCUUCCAUUCUCCUCUCCAUUUCGUAAUUUCUUAAUUACAAAUUGAAGCCUUGUCUCAUUUUGGUUUCAGGAAAAAAAAGUCAAUCACUGUCUUAAAAUUGCACCACACCCACUGAUUCUUCCCCUGUGACUUCUCCAAGAGACCGUGGGACCACUCAGCCCAAGAUAUACACUCCAUUUUUCCUAAUUUCUCCCAGGUUUCCUCCUCUCUAAGAGCCCUGUGCCAGGAUCCCCAGGAUCACUUAGCACAGCCCCUCCCCCUCAUGAAUACACCAUUGUUAUAUAAGAGCUUCCCCCUCCCUCCUCUACCUCUCUGGGGAUGCCCAGCCUCCAGCCUCUCUCUGCUCUCCUCAGGACUAGACUGCUGUUUAGGAGUUGCUGUUCCAGGGACAGUCUUGCCUGCCUCCCGCUGGAGUGCAUUUCUUUGGUCACAGGCUUCCUCACUCAUGGGGCCUGCCUGGGCCCAGGCCCACCUGGCAGGUGAUCUCUGGCUGCCUCUGCUCUGGCUACUCCUGUUUCUGACCUGCUGCUCCCAUGACCCACCAGGAUGGCGCUUCACUUCCUCUGAAAUUGUGAUCCCCAGGAAGGUGUCCCACAGAGUGCGUGGAGCCGCAACACAAGGCCAGCUCUCCUACAAGGUUCGCUUCAGUGGCCAAAGACACGCGCUCCACAUGAGAGUCAAGAAGAGCUUGCUGCCCAGACAUUUUCCUGUUAUCACCGAUAACGACCAAGGCGCCAUACAGGAGGACUACCCUUUUAUCCCCCGAGACUGUUACUACUUUAGCUACCUGGAAGGGGUUCCUGGGUCCAUGGGCACACUGGACACCUGCUAUGGGGGUCUGCGUGGCAUGCUGCAGGUGGAUGACUUCACUUACGAAAUCAAACCACUGGAGGCUUCUUCCAAAUUUGAACAUCUGAUUUCUUUUCUUGUGUCACACGACAUAUCAGCUGAGCAUGAGAAAUGUACGAUUGAAGGGAACGAUACAAAUCAAGCAUAUGAGGAGGCAAUGAUUGCUGAGAUGCCUAGAGCAGCUCCUGUGUAUUUGUGGUGGCCGCAUAGGAAAUACUUAAAAGUUCACUACACAGUUUCUCACACCUUAUAUCUUAUGAACACUAAUCAUACACGUAUAGUUGAGAAUAUAAUGAUUUUAAACAACAUAGUCCAUACAAUUUACAUGCAUAAUCUUCUCGAAGUUCAUGUACGUAUGUUGUGCAUAUGGAAUAAUAGAGAUGCUUUUGAUAUAACUCAGUCAAAGUUUAGUGGUAUUGCGGAUGCUAUAGCUCACUUUGGUUAUUGGAAAAUGUAUGUGUUUAGACAAUAUUCUCAUGAUACCUCAAUCCUUUUUACUGGAAAUAAAGUCCAUGACACUCAAUAUUUUGCCCACCAAGAUGGAAUAUGCAAUCCCAACUGGAGAUCAUCAUAUGUAUUCCUAGCAAGUUAUCAUAUAUUUUUUGGUGCUACUAUUUCAGCACAUGUACUAUGUCAUAUUCUCAGCUGUCCACAUGAUUCAGCUGGUUGUCAUUGUUUUUGAAGACAUCGCUGUGUCAUGGCUCAUGAGCCUGGUCUUCUAGAUAUGAUGAGCAACUGUACUUAUGACAAACUGCACUGACGGAUUUCUACGUGGGAUCCUUGUUUGAGUCAACAAAAUGUACCGUUCAACAAUUUUCCUUAUGAAGCUCCUCGCUGUGGUGACAAGAUCAUAAAUCAGAGGGAAGAAUGUGACUGUGGCACCUUAAAAACUGUGCUAGGGAUCCGUGUUGUCAGAACCAUUGUGUUCUCACCAUUGGCAGUGAUUGCAAUGAAGGAGGUUGCUGUGUUAAGUGUAAAUAUGCUCAACCUGGAACUCUUUGCAGAGAUACUCUUGGUAUUUGUGACCUACCAGAAUACUGUAACAGGAUAUCGAAUAUUUGUCCAACAGACACUUAUAUCCAGGAUGGAACCCCAUGUUCGCCAUUAGCUGUUUGUGUGAGAGGAGACUGUAGUGACCGUGAUAUGUAGUGUCAAGCCCUCUUUGGCUACAAAAUAAAAGAUGCUGCACCAGCAUGCUAUAAAACAUUGAAUAUCAUAGGUGACCGAUUUGGGAACUGUGGUGUGAGGUUGACUUGAGGAGGAAGUAAAAGUGUUCCUUGUGAAGCAGAUGAUAUUUUCUGUGGAAUGCUGCACUGUGGUGGUAUCAAUGAAGUUCCUGGUGGAGGUGAGCACACUACAUUUCGUCAUAUAAUAGUACAUGAUGUUAAACUAGAAAGCUACUUUGGGUUCGAUGCCCACCAUGGGUCACGGGUAGCAGAAAUGGGGCUUGUAAUGGAUGGUACAACAUGUGGCCCAGGAAGCUACUGUAAGGGCCAAAAUUGUACCUUUUUUCAAGACCUUGGUUUUGACUGUAAUGUCAAGAAAUGCAGUUACAGAGGGGUGUGCAACAACAGAAAACAUUGUCACUGUCAGCAAGGUGGGAAACCACCAAAUUGUAGCUCCAGAGGAGCAGGUGGUAGUAUAGACAGUGGCCCUCCACCUAACAGAGAAUCAGGUCUUCGAGGCAAAAUAAUAACUAGUGUAGACAUAGGUAUAGCUGCACUGUGUGUUCGUUUCACCGUUCUCUUUUCUACAAUGUUUGUUGGUAUCAUUUUUCAUGUAAAAGAUGUUCUAGAAGAGACAGAAGAGGAAAAAAAUGUUAAAAAUCAGAAAAACCUUGAACAGAAGAAACACUAAUGGAGAAAAUCACAUUGGCACUUACUGGAAGAAAUGAUGAAUAAUCAGUCUGAUAAUUAUAUAAUCCUACAGCUAUUCCAAGGUUGU